UCGUCAUCAUAAAAAAGCAUUCCGUCUGUUCAGGGACGUUGAAGAGUUCUCUGCAUAGAAACUUGAUGGUUUUGAUUUACCUUACGUGUUUCUCUCUCUCUCUCUUUUUUUUUUUUUCUUGUGAAAACUACAGACUUCAGUUCAAAUCAGAGGCAUUCUUUCUUUGCCCACCGCUCCUUUACAUAAGGAUUUGUCUGGAAAAACUUUAGAAACUCAAGCUCCAUCAGUGUAGCGACAGUCUCUUACACGACGUCUUGCUUUAUUUUAAUUUCACAAAGUUUUCAAACGAAACUCUCAAGUGAUGGGUGUCUCUGUCAUUCCAUUUUUAUUUCAUGGUUGUUGGUUUAUUACUGCAAAACUGAGGGAACAGUACUGAAGUUUGGCAAGAAGGAAAAAAAGGGAGGGAGGUGUUUGGAGCUGCCGCCCCUUAAUAUCAGCAGUUUGUUUACUGUCGACUGGUGGGGAGGGGUUGGGGAGGCUUUGUGGAAGAUGAUAUAAAAAAAAUUCCAUCAGCUGCACAUAUGAUCCCCUCCCCUUAAGGUUUACUUAAACAAUAUGUUUCGGUUUUGCCUCAAACCAUUCUGCACCACUUCUCCUCCAAGAAUCCACCACUAGCUUGGUUCCUGAGCGAUUAAGGAUGACACUUUGUGUUCUAUGAUGAACUGCAGUAUUGUUUGAGUAAAGAUAUGGUCCGGAAAAAGAACCCCCCUUUAAGAAACAUUGCUAGUGAAGGCGAGGGCCAGACCCUGGAGCCUAUCGGUACAGAAAGCAAGGUAUCUGGGAAGAACAAAGAAUUUUCUGCAGAUCAGAUGUCAGAAAAUACAGAUCAGAGUGAUGCUGCAGAACUAAAUAAUAAGGAGGAACAGAGCUUGCAUGUCCAAGAUCCAUCUUCUAGCAGUAAGAAGGACCUAAAAAGCUCAGUCCUGAGUGAGAAGGCUGGCUUCAAUUAUGAAAGCCCUGGUAAGGGAGGAAGCCUUCCCUCCUACCCACAUGAUGAGGUGACAGAUAGAAAUAUGUUGGCUUUCUCAUCUCCAGCUGCUGGGGGAGUCUGUGAGCCCUUGAAGUCUCCUCAAAGAGCAGAGGCAGAUGACCCUCAAGAUAUGGCCUGCACCCCAGCAGGGGACUCGUUGGAGACAAAGGAAGAUCCUAAGAUGUCACCAAAGGCUACAGAGGAAACAGGGCAAGCGCAGAGUGGUCAAGCCAAUUGUCAAGGCUCAAGCCCAGUUUCAGUGGCCUCAAAAAACCCACAAGUGCCUUCAGAUGGGGGUGUGAGACUGAAUAAAUCGAAAACUGACUUACUGGUAAAUGACAACCCAGAUCCGGCACCUCUGUCUCCAGAGCUUCAGGACUUUAAAUGCAAUAUCUGUGGAUAUGGUUACUAUGGCAACGACCCCACAGAUCUGAUUAAGCACUUCCGAAAGUAUCACCUAGGACUGCAUAACCGCACCAGGCAGGAUGCUGAGCUGGACAGCAAAAUCUUGGCCCUUCAUAACAUGGUGCAGUUCAGCCAUUCCAAAGACUUCCAGAAAGUCAACCGUUCCGUGCUUUCUGGUGUGCUGCAGGAUAUCAAUUCCUCAAGGCCUGUUUUACUAAAUGGGACCUAUGAUGUACAGGUCACUUCAGGUGGAACAUUCAUUGGCAUUGGACGGAAAACACCAGAUUGCCAAGGAAACACCAAGUACUUCCGCUGUAAAUUCUGCAAUUUCACUUAUAUGGGCAACUCAUCAACGGAACUAGAACAACAUUUUCUUCAGACUCAUCCAAACAAAAUAAAAACUUCUCUCCCCUCCUCUGAGGGUGCAAAACCUUCAGAGAAAAACUCUAACAAAUCCAUCCCUGCACUUCGGUCCAGUGAUUCUGGAGACUUGGGAAAGUGGCAGGACAAGAUCACAGUCAAGGCGGGAGAUGACACGCCUGUUGGCUACUCAGUGCCCAUCAAGCCCCUCGAUUCCUCGAGGCAAAAUGGUACAGAGGCCACCAGUUACUACUGGUGUAAAUUUUGUAGUUUCAGCUGUGAGUCUUCGAGCUCACUGAAGCUGCUAGAACAUUAUAGCAAGCAGCACGGAGGAACCCAGUCUGGCAGCCUUAAUCCAGAAUUGAAUGAUAAGCUCUCCAGGGGCUCUGUCAUUAAUCAGAAUGAUCUAGCCAAAAGUGCAGAAGGGGAGCCCAUGGCCAAGGCAGAGAAGGGCUCUAGUGGGGCGAAAAAGAAGGACUUCGCCAGCAAGGGAGCAGAGGACAAUAUGGUCACGAGCUACAAUUGUCAGUUCUGCGACUUUAGAUAUUCCAAAAGCCAUGGCCCCGAUGUGAUUGUGGUGGGGCCACUCCUCCGCCAUUAUCAGCAGCUCCAUAACAUUCAUAAGUGUACCAUUAAACACUGUCCAUUCUGUCCCAGAGGCCUUUGCAGCCCAGAAAAGCACCUUGGAGAAAUCACUUAUCCAUUUGCUUGUAGAAAAAGUAAUUGUUCCCACUGUGCACUCUUGCUUUUGCACUUGUCUCCUGGGGCGGCCGGGAGCUCGAGAGUCAAACACCAGUGCCACCAGUGCUCCUUCUCCACCCCUGACGUGGACGUGCUCCUCUUCCAUUACGAGAGCGCACAUGAUGCACAAGCAUCGGAUGUCAAACAAGAAGGCAAUCACCUGCAAGGAUCGGAUGGGCAGCAGGCGGUCAAGGAAAGCAAAGAACACUCAUGCACCAAAUGUGAUUUCAUUACCCAGGUGGAAGAAGAGAUUUCCCGACACUACAGGAGAGCGCACAGCUGCUACAAAUGCCGUCAGUGCAGUUUUACAGCUGCCGAGACUCAGUCACUACUGGAGCACUUCAACACUGUUCACUGCCAGGAACAGGACAUCACUACAGCCAACGGCGAGGAGGACAGUCAUGCCGUGUCCACCAUCAAGGAGGAGCCCAAAAUGGACCUCAAGGUCUACAGUCUGCUCAAUCCAGACUCUAAAAUGGGAGAGCCAGUUUCGGAAAGCGUGGUGAAGAGGGAGAAGCUGGAAGAUAAGGAUGGGCUGAAAGAAAAAGCUUGGGCUGAGAGUUCAAGUGAUGACCUUCGCAGCGUGACUUGGAGAGGGGCAGACAUCCUGCGGGGCAGUCCAUCCUACACGCAGGCCAGCCUGGGCCUCCUGACCCCUGUGUCCGGCCCCCAAGAGCCCACAAAGACCCUAAGGGAUAGCCCCAGUGUGGAAGCGGCCCACCUGGCGCGCCCUCUUUACGGCUUGGCUGUGGAGACCAAGGGGUUCCUGCAGGGGGUGCCAGCGGGCGGAGAGAAGGCGGGCGCCGUCAGCCAGCAGUAUCCUGCAUCCGGAGAAAGCAAGUCCAAGGAUGAGUCCCAGUCCCUGUUACGGAGGCGUAGAGGCUCGGGUGUUUUUUGUGCCAAUUGCUUGACCACAAAGACCUCUCUCUGGCGAAAGAAUGCAAAUGGCGGAUAUGUAUGCAAUGCGUGUGGCCUCUACCAGAAGCUUCACUCGACUCCCAGGCCUUUAAACAUCAUUAAACAAAACAACGGUGAGCAGAUUAUUAGGAGGAGAACACGAAAGCGCCUUAACCCAGAGGCACUUCAGGCUGAGCAGCUCAACAAACAGCAGAGGGGCGGCAGUGAGGAGCAAGUCAACGGAAGCCCCUUAGAGAGGAGGUCAGAAGAUCAUUUAACUGAGGGUCACCAGAGAGAAAUUCCUCUCCCAAGCUUGAGCAAAUACGAAGCCCAGGGUUCAUUGACUAAAAGCCAUUCUGCUCAGCAGCCAGUCCUGGUCAGCCAAACUCUGGAUAUUCACAAAAGGAUGCAACCUUUGCACAUUCAGAUAAAAAGUCCUCAGGAAAGUACUGGAGACCCAGGAAAUAGUUCAUCCGUAUCUGAAGGGAAAGGAAGUUCUGAGAGAGGCAGUCCCAUAGAAAAGUACAUGAGACCCGCCAAGCACCCCAACUAUUCACCACCAGGCAGCCCUAUUGAAAAGUACCAGUACCCACUUUUUGGACUUCCCUUUGUACAUAAUGACUUCCAGAGUGAAGCUGAUUGGCUGCGGUUCUGGAGUAAAUAUAAGCUCUCCGUUCCUGGGAAUCCGCACUACUUGAGUCAUGUGCCUGGCCUACCAAAUCCUUGCCAAAACUAUGUGCCUUAUCCCACCUUCAAUCUGCCUCCUCAUUUUUCAGCUGUUGGAUCAGACAAUGACAUUCCUCUAGAUUUGGCGAUCAAGCAUUCCAGACCUGGGCCAACUGCAAACGGUGCCUCCAAGGAGAAAACGAAGGCACCGUCAAAUGUAAAAAAUGAAGGUCCCUUGAAUGUAGUAAAAACAGAGAAAGUUGAUAGAAGUACUCAAGAUGAACUUUCAACAAAAUGUGUGCACUGUGGCAUUGUCUUUCUGGAUGAAGUGAUGUAUGCUUUGCAUAUGAGUUGCCAUGGUGACAGUGGACCUUUCCAGUGCAGCAUAUGCCAGCAUCUUUGCACGGACAAAUAUGACUUCACAACUCAUAUCCAGAGGGGCCUGCAUAGGAACAAUGCACAAGCGGAAAAAAACGGAAAACCUAAAGAGUAAAACCUUAGCACUUAGCACAAUUAAAUAGAAAUAGGUUUUCUUGAUGGGAAUUCAAUAGCUUGUAAUGUCUUUUGAAGACCUAUUAAAAAAAAUACUUCAUAGAGCCUGCCUUA